AUGCGCUUCUCCCCUCAGACGUGCGCUCCUCCCCUCAGUGACGCACUNCGGGCUCUGCUCCGGCACUGCCCGCUGCUGCUGCCGCAGGACCGCCGCGGCACCGCCUACGAGGGCUUUAUCACUGCCCAGGGUAGAGACUUCCACAUCAGGAUACUGCUACCAGUGGAUUUGCAACUGAAAAAUGCCAGGAUAGAGUGCAGCUGGCGUCUGAAGAAGAUCCUGCAUGGAUAUCGGCACAUUUUAAAGCAGAGGCUGCAGAGCUGCCCAGAUCUUGUCAGCUUUAUGGUGGAACUGAAAACUGUUUUGGAAAUUGCUUUAAAAAACACACAAGACCUGCACAUCCCACGGCCUCCAGAAUACUACUCCUGUCUUGUCAGAGAUCUAGAAAUACUGGGCUGGAAUAGAGUGGCCUAUGUGGACACUGGGCUGACCACAGUCAAGUUAAAAGCUGAAGACUCUUGUGGUCGACAGCAUCUCAUCACUCUCAAGUUAAAUGCAAAGUAUCCUACAGAACCACCAGAUUGCCUUGUGGAUUUUCCUGUUCCAUUUGCUGUUUCCUGGAUGCCACAGAACUCCUUAAUAGACAUUUACAAUCAGUUCCUGGCAGCAUUGGAGUCCCUGAAGGAAUUCUGGGAUGCCCUGGAUGAAAUCGAUGGGAAGACAUGGGUGCUUGAGCCAGAAAAUCCCACACGGAGUGCUACAACCAGAAGAAUUGCAAUAGGGAACAAUGUCUCAGUGAAUGUAGAGGUAGAUCCUCGCCAUCCAAACAUGCUUCCAGAGUGUUAUUUCCUUGGAGCAGACCACGAAGUGAACCCUCUGAGAGAAAAACUCAACAACAACAUGCACUUGUGGGAUCCGGAAAUCAGCUUGUUACAAAACUUAAGAGAGCUCCUGGAAAUUGAUUUUCCAUCUCGUGCCAUGUUGGAAAAAAGCGACUUUGCCAAGGACUGUGGGAUCUGCUACGCCUACCGGCUGGACGGCAGCGCGCCCGACCAAGUGUGUGACGAUCCUCGCUGUGGGCAGCCCUUCCACCAGGCCUGUCUCUAUGAGUGGCUACAAGGCCUUCCCACCAGCAGGCAGAGUUUUAAUGUCAUCUUUGGUGAAUGUCCCUAUUGUAAUAAGCCCCUGACACUGAAAUCUUCAAUGAAGAAACUCUAGGAAAAAACUGUGUGGUGGGAGCAGCACUGCACUCCCACUGAAGACACAGGAACAGCAACAUCAAAGCAGAAACAAGGACAGGACAAUGAGCAGCAGAAGCACCAGAACAGCUGUAGUGUAGGGGUAGGUUUCAUCAGCAAAUGCCAGCCUGAACACAGCAGAGAGAGAGGAACGAGUGCUGUCAGCACCAGCCUGGGAUGCUGCUGCAGGAACUGGAGUUACAAGGUGAUUGUGUUUCUUUCGGAAUUCUGAGAGUAUUCUGUAGGGGUCAAAUGGUGGCAGUUCUCUUGCAGUGUCUUCCUGCAGGGGAAAAAAAUCUGUGAUUAUAAAGCUAAUAUGAAGUGAGAUGUGAAUCAAAAAACCAGAGAUGCCAUUGAGGUAUGUAAGUUAUCCUAGAGAAAGCAUUACAAUUCUUACAGAGCCUUACCUCUGGAAUAUGCGCUUGUAUGGAUAUUGUAUGGUAAGUGUGUAACGUGAGGCACAGCUAAACAUCUCCUAAAGAGACAUAUCUACAUUUGCUAUUGAAGUCCACAGCUGAAAUUUUUCUCUGUCUUUGACUUGUUUUCAAAAACAUUUAAUAUAUUCAUUAGUGUUCCUGCUAAUAAAGAUUUAUCUUCAAGAUAAAAGUUCAAGAUAUGAUUUUAA